AUGUCCGCAGGAAACCGUUACCCCGUCCGCUCGGAUAGCGAACUGUCCCCGGUGGAAAAGGAAAGCUACGAAUUCCUGAAGGUAGUCCUGAGCCGCCAUCCCCCGCCUCACGACCACCUUAUCUCGCCGCAAGGCCGAGUCCUUGGCCACUUCAACACUUUCAGCUACCUUCCCGGGCUGGUCAAGCCCCUGUUCGGCACGAUUGCUAGUGUCUACGCCCUCUCCAUCCCACCCAACGUGCGCGAGGUGGCGCUGUUUGCCGUCUGCGCGCACUUCCACUCGCCGUAUCAGGCUUUCGUGCAUGGUACCACCGCCAAGCACAACGGCUCAACGCUUACACCUGAGCAGCUGGAAGUGCUGGGUCGUGGUGAGCGGCCCGGGGACUUGAAGCCGGAGGAAGCCGUGGCGUGGGACGUAGUCAAAGAGUUGCACGGAUUUGAGAAGCUUACUGACGAGAUGUUCGAAAAGGCUGUGGCGCUCAUUGGAAAGGAGCAGACUCUGAAUCUGAUUGUCUAUGUGGGCAUGUCUAGCUUCACGGCGAUUGUUGCCAAGGGGGCUGAUGUUGGACUGCCGUACGGGAGGGCCGCUUGA